AUGGGUGUCAAAUGCCACGUAGAUGCGGCCUGGUGCAAAGAUUUGAAGAGAGCUGGACUUGGAUGGACUCUCUCUUCCCCAACCGCAUCCGCUCCCCGCUUAUUUUCCAGGGUCUCUGGUUGCAUCCCAUCCCCAUUAAUAGCAGAAGGGAUGGCGAUGCGUUCUGCUCUCUCCAUAGCUGCUGCUGAAGAUAUAAGGAAUUUAUCGGUUUUCUCCGACUUCCUAAUUCUCAUCAAGGCCAUUAACUCUGGCACUACAAUAUCUGAAAUCUACGGGAUUUUGAAAGACAUAUCCUGCCUCUCCAAGCUCUUCGAAUCUAUCUCUUUUAAGUUUUUUCCUCGUCGGUUUAAUGUAACCGCUGAUGUGUUAGCUAAAAACGCUUUGUACUCCUCUAAAUUUUCUGUUGAGUGA